AUGGUGGAUCGUCUGCUGAGGAGAUGCCGAAUCAAGAGCAGCUUGUUCAGAGAAUGUCUGGCGGAAUUUUUCGGGGUCUAUAUUUUGAUACUUUUUGGGUGCGGGUCAGUUGCCCAGGUGACGACCUCUCAAAACACUAAGGGUGAAUACCUGUCAAUCAACCUCGGGUUUGCAUUGGGUACCACAUUUGGGAUUUAUGUGGCAAAAGGGGUAUCAGGAGCUCACCUGAAUCCAGCUGUUUCCCUCACCCUGUGUGUCCUGGGCAGGUUUUCCUGGACUUGUCUUCCAUUCUAUGUGUGCUCACAGCUCUUAGGUGCAUUUUUGGCUGCAGCAACUGUUGCUCUUCAGUACUAUGAUGCCAUAAUGGAUUUCACUGGAGGGCAUCUGACAGUUAGUGGUGCCACUGCCACUGCUGGUAUCUUCUCAACUUAUCCAGCAGACUACCUGAGUCUAUGGGGAGGAGUGGUGGACCAGAAUGACCUAUUCUGA